AUGUCAAAUAAUAAUGAAACAAUGGCAUAUAUUACUAAACUUCAGUCUAUAUCUGGACAAAUUACUUUCUCCAUGUCACUCAUUAUUCUUCUUUCUGGUAUUAUUGGAAAUCUACUCAAUUGUUUAGUAUUUGCUCAACGAUCUCUUCGAACUAAACCAUGUGUUGGGUAUUUUUUUGUGGCUAGUAUUUUAAAUUUAAUUGCUAUUUUUUCUGGAGUUACACCACGUGCAUUCCAAAGUUUCUUUUCAAUACCAGAUCAAACACUAACAGUCUCUGUUUUGUGUAAACUUCAGUUAUUUGUUGUUUUCUCUGCACGUACAAUAUCAUCAUGGCUUAUCGUUCUUGCUUCUAUUGAUCGAUAUUUGAUUUCUAGUCCUGAUGUCGUUUUACGUCGUAUGAGCAAUUUGAAAAAUACUUAUUUUUCGAUUUUAAUUGUUAGUAUUAUUUCAUUUUUAUUUUGGUCGGAAACUGGCUAUUGUUUUGAUGCUAAUCUAAUAGGAACACCACAGAAAUGUUAUGCAAAAUCAGAUGCAUGUCGUAUUUUCAAUGAUCUUGCUCAAUCUUUUAUCACAACAAUUAUUCCCUCAACAAUAAUGUUCGUAGUUGGUUUGUUUACGAUACGUAAUGUUCGAAAAUCUCAACAAAUAGGUGUUUUACCAAUUACUAUCGUUAAUCAGAAUACUGGAAUAACUAGAAGAAACGAACAAAGUCUAACUAUUAUGUUAAUUGCACAAGUUAUUCUUUUAACUAUAUUUACUCUUCCUCAAGCUGGACAAAAAUUUUACUCAACAUAUUCAUUUUAUCAAACAAAAACAAGCAGUCAACGAGCCUUGGAAAGCCUUCUGUUUAACUUUGUUCUUCUUUUCGGCUUUAUUUCAAGUUGUAUGCCGUUCUAUAUAUAUACUAUUACUGGUACUUUAUUCCGCAAAACUCUAUU